AUGUGGAUCUUCAAUGCUCUUGCCUCUUUCCAGCUGCUGGCAACAAAUCUUGUGGCUGCUGUUCCCGUCGAUUCACAGCCGGCUUCGACUAUCAAUAUAGAUCCGGCAGUUGAACCCCUUGAAGCUCUUGCUCAACUGCAGCAGCAUGCCUAUGAAACUCUCAAACAGCGCGAGAGUGUCUUCAAAAGAGACUCAAAAGGCUGCUCUUUGGCGACUGCAACCAUACGAAAAGGCUGGGAAUAUAUAAGCAAGAAGGAUCGGAAGGCCUACAUCGAAGCUGUACGGUGUCUUCGACGCUUGCCACCCAAGUCUGAUCCGUUCUGGGCUCCAGCAGCAAAGACUCGCUUCGAUGAUUUCGUCGCCAUCCACGUGAACCAAACCUUGUACAUACAUGGAAAUGGUCCCUUCCUUACCUGGCAUCGCUACUUUGUAUGGGCUUAUGAACAAGCUCUUCGAGACGAAUGUGGCUAUAAAGGCUACCAACCCGAGUCCCCCGUUUUUGAUGGGAGUGAUACCAGUUUGGGCGGUGACGGCGAGUUCUUUGCUCACAACGGAAGUCUUGCUGGUGGUCGAUUGAUACCAAUCCCCUCUGGACAAGGGGGUGGGUGUGUUAAGAGCGGUCCUUUCAAAAAUACGCAAGCAAACAUUGGACCCAUCUCGCCUGGUAUGCAAGGCCUCACCGACCUGGCGACUGGAAUCACCGACUACAACCCCCACUGCCUGCGCCGAGAUCUCAGUCCCUACAUAUCCAAGAAGUGGUUCACUACGGAGAAUCUACUGAAUGUAACCAUUGGUGCAGGAUCCGUAACGCAUCCCAUUUUCUGGCAGGAAAUUCUGGGUCGGUAUACGGAUGGGUUCUUAGGGUUACACGCCUCGGGACAUUACACUAUGGGCGGAGACGCAACGGAUCUCUAUUCUUCUGUCAAUGAUCCUGCAUUUUACCUCCAUCACACAAUGCUUGAUCGAAUCUAUUGGAUCUGGCAGGUACUCCACCCGGCUGAGGCGAACAAAGUGACUGGUACCUUGACGCUGCAGAACAAGCCUCCAACGCGCAACGCUACCAUUGAUGAGCCAUUGGAGAUGGGAAUCAACGGCGAGACUUUGAAGAUUCGGGAUAUGUUCGAUACGCUAGGUGGUACUCCUCUAUGCUACAUCUACCUUUAA